CUUGUAUAUUGCCUUGUUCACCCGCAGCGCGAGCCUCAGCCUUCAACGCCCAGCAAAAAAUGAUCCUCACAACCUGCGCCGCCUGCGCCGCCCCACUGGCCCACACCGCGCCGCAGUGCGGCCGCUGCCAGACGCGCUACUGCGGACGCCCCUGCCAGGUCAAGCACUGGAACGAGGGCGGCCACAAGGCUCUAUGUAAGAAAAUCAAGAAGGGCGGCGGCGCGGAACAAUACCACGCCGACAAAAAGUAUAAGGAGGCCGUCGCGGUUGCGGUCGAGAAAUGCGCCGACGACACAAAGGGCCAGACGUGCUACAUCUGCACGCAAGCCGUCCACUGGAAAACAAAGGAGGGCCUCGUGCGCGGGUGUGCGUGCCGCGGGACGUCGGGAGUUGCGCACGUGUCCUGCUUGGCGGAGCAGGUGAAGAUUUUGUGCGAGGAGGCGGAGGAGAACAAUUUGGGUGAUAAGGCGUGGAAUGAGCGGUCGAACAGAUGGCAAAAGUGCAGUUUGUGCAAUCAGUGCUACCACGGCGCCGUGCACCACGCGCUCGGGUGGGCGUGCUGGAAGACGUACGUCGGGCGGCCGGAGAUUGACUCCUCUCGGCGCACUGCCAUGUGCCAUCUCGGGGAUUCUCUUAUCAGAAACGGCGACGCAAAGGGUGCACUCGCACUCUUUGAAUACCAUUUGAAUUUGGAGCGACGUUAUCAUGGCCCAAACUUCGAAGAACGGUCGAGCCAGGAUGAUGUGCUGUCAGUCGAAGAAGACAUCGCGUAUUGCUACGUGGAGCUUGGACGGCACGAGGACGCGAUCAACCUGAGACGAUCGGUCUACAGAAAAUACUUAGCCAAGUACGGACCGACACACAGGAAGGUACUUGGUGCUGGGCUGGACUUAGGACGCUCGCUCGUCGAUGAUUAUUUUUUUGAAGACGCAAAACCUUUUCUGCUUGAUCUCAUUCCAAAGGCCAAGAUCGCGUUCGGGAAUGAACACCAGAACACUCUUUUGAUGAUUCUAUAUCAUGCAAUAGCUGUUCAAAAACACUGCGAGUCCUCUCUCGACGAGCAGCGCGAGGCCAUUGCGAGGCUCGAGGAUGUCUGUCGUAUAUAUCGGCAGGUCUACGGAGCCGACCAUCCGAUGCGUGGUAUUGCGGACGGGCGCCUGAAAGAUGCACGCAAGAGACUCUCGCUCCAGGAAGCGCGCCUGGUGGAGGACGCGUCCGAGAAGCUCGCCCAGGGCCUACGCAUCGACGGCGACGACGAGAGCGAAGCCCCGUAGUGUAUGUAAGUCAUCAC